AAUAGAACAUGUAUACUAAGUUUAUUCCACAUUUGUUUUUCUUAUGGUCAACCUCAUAUYAAAGAUGACUCUAUCCUUUUACAACUAAUGCACGUAUGUAUUAAUUGUGAAUAUCUAAAAAUUAAUAUUGGAAAAAACUUAAAUAUUAAUCCAUUAUAUAUGUACUAAAAUAUCUACUUUAGUUGGAAAAAGGGUCAACCACCAAUCGAAAUCAAUUCUGGAGCCUUGGCCGCGGUAUUCUAUAAAUACCAUUCAUAUAUCAAACCCUUCACAACCAUUCUCAUACUUCCUCACAAUCUCUAAAUUUUGACAGUAUGGCAAGAUUACCAAGCAAGGGUCGUAAGAAGAUACAACUGAAAAGAAUUGAAAAUGACAAGGAAAGAGCGGUYACCUUGUCUAAACGGCGCAAUGGCAUAUUCAAAAAAGUCAAUGAGCUAGCCACACUGUGUCGUAUACAGAUUGCAAUCAUUCUUUUCUCCAUUAGUGGAAAGCCUCUCUCUUUUGGUAGCCCCAACGUUCAAUCUGUUGUAAACAAAUUUCUCAACCCAAAUCAAGUCGACCAACAACCAAAUGAUUUCAUCAACAGGGCUAUCAACUCUAAUCAUGAACCCAAACUCCAAGAUUUUAACAAAGAAUUUGAUGAAGUGAAUGAACAUUUGGCAAAUGAGAAGAAACAAGGACAAAUGCUUGAUGAAUAUAUAAAAAGGUUACUUGGAGGUAAAACGUAUGAGGAAUAUGUGGCCAUUCAUGGGCAUCAUGGAUUAAUGCAAAUAAAAUUCAAAAUGGAAGAGUUGCAAAGAAAUAAAGAAUGUACUCUCGAUGCAGAGUGUGGGUCUUCCUCCUCAAAUGAUGAGAAUGAAGCACAUCUAUCCAAAAUUGGG